AAGCUAUAAAAAGGUUUACAUUUAAUGCAAACAUACAAUUCAUUAAACAUAAAUAAAAAUUUUAAUAACAUUCUCAAAUUAAACGCUAGUUUACAAUAAUGUCAAUUAAAAAACUAACCGUGCUGUUUGCCCCUGCUCAGUUUUCGGGUUCUAUGAACGUUAGUAUAGGUAUGGCUGAGGUACUGAGAGAUACCGGUCGAUACAACUGUGUGUUUGCGGUUAACAACGAUUGGAAGUCACGGCUCGAGUCCAUUGGGUUUGAGGUGAAACUUCUGGGACACCCGGUGACCGGGGAUGUAGUGGUGACUGACUCAACUGAGAGCAACGUGACUGAGAUCGAGGAGUCGGGCCUUUUUCAAAACACCACUCCAUUGGAAAUGGCUAUUCUUGUCAACGAUUGGAUUCUAAGCUAUGGUCUAAAAGAAAUGACAGAAACAGAUCCAUUGGUUAAGACUAUUAUAGAGGAUCUCAAGCCGGAUGUCAUAAUAAGUGACCAGCUUGUUCAAUUACCAUCGAUUGUCACAUCAGGUAUACCCUGGAUAUUCAGUUGGAGUGCUAAUACAUUGUCAUUAAACUGCGGAUACCCGGAUGACAUACUUCCACCACCAUUUUUAGGAUUGCCGACAAAUAGUGAGACAGAAGUGAAGGAGAAAUACAGACAACAAGUGUGGGAAAGAAGUCGUGAAAUGUGGUAUAAAUAUAGGGAUCAAUUGAUUUCAAUGGGAUGUCCCAAACUUCAGGAAUUCCUAUUCUGGACCCCAUCCCCCUUUGCAAACAUAUAUAUGACUCCUAAGGAAUUGGAUUAUACGGACAUCAGACCACUUCCCGACACUUUCCAUGCAUUUGAUAAUUUUAAACGAACCGGAAAUGAAGACAAGUUUGAAAUCCCGGAAAGUCUUAAGAAUAGAUCCGGAAAAUUGAUUUACUUUUCAUUGGGU